AUGAAAACCUCUCGUACUGGGCACCACCAUGAUCGUCCGUGUGAUCAUCCAUUUCCAAAAUCGCCAGAAGAGUUUUCAGACAAGCUUCCCAGACAGCUAUGUCCAAGCAGAGAGAAGAAUUCUAAGAAGUGUGCAACAGGACACAUAUCUGAAUUCGAAUUCCUGAAAGUGGAGAAGCCUAUCCCGAAGUCUAGUCUGGUGAAAUUCGAACUGCCAUAUUGCAGGAAACCAGUAGUCAACAAAAGUAGUUUGCAAAUUCUAGAAAGAAAGCAGCCCGGCGGGGAGAUCAUCGAACUGACAGAAGAGGGGCGGCCUGUUGAAGUGACUGAGAAGGCCCAGCCCAUCAUAGACUGUACCUGCUUUGGCCUCCCUCGCCGUUACAUCAUUGCCAUCCUCUGCGGUCUGGGUUUCUGCAUCAGCUUUGGCAUCCGAUGCAACCUGGGUGUGGCCAUUGUCAGCAUGGUUAAUAAUAACACUGUCUAUGAAGGGGAUAAAGUCACUGUGAAGAAAGCUGAGUUCAACUGGGAUCCAGAGACAGUAGGCAUGAUCCACGGGUCCUUCUUCUGGGGUUACAUCGUCACCCAGAUCCCAGGGGGGUUCAUAUCACAGAAAUUUGCAGCUAACAGAGUUUUUGGCUUUGCCAUUGUGGCAACCUCUACUUUGAACAUGCUCAUUCCCUCAGCUGCUCGGGUCCAUUUUGGCUGUGUAAUCUUUGUGAGGAUCCUACAAGGGCUUGUUGAGGGAGUCACCUACCCAGCAUGCCACGGUAUCUGGAGCAAAUGGGCACCCCCUUUGGAACGUAGCCGCCUGGCCACAACAGCUUUCUGUGGUUCUUAUGCAGGAGCGGUAGUGGCCAUGCCUCUUGCUGGGAUUCUAGUUCAAUAUUCAGGAUGGAGCUCUGUAUUCUACGUCUAUGGGUGCUUUGGUAUUUUAUGGUAUUUAUUCUGGUUGAUGGUUUCCUAUGAGAGUCCUGCACAGCACCCCACCAUCACUGAGGAAGAGAAGAAGUAUAUAGAGGAAAGCAUCGGAGAGAGCGCCAGCCUUAUGAAUCCCCUUAUGAAAUUCAAAACUCCAUGGCGUAAGUUCUUUACAUCCAUGCCGGUUUAUGCCAUAAUUGUAGCCAAUUUUUGCCGAAGCUGGACAUUUUAUUUACUUUUAAUCAGCCAGCCAGCCUAUUUUGAAGAAGUCUUUGGCUUUGAAAUCAGUAAGGUGGGGAUGCUUUCUGCUUUGCCCCACUUGGUUAUGACCAUCAUUGUACCCAUUGGAGGCCAAAUUGCCGACUUCUUGCGCUCCCGAAGACUUAUGUCUACCACAAACGUCCGCAAGAUGAUGAACUGUGGGGGGUUCGGCAUGGAAGCCACGUUGCUCUUAGUAGUUGGUUAUUCCCACAGCAAAGGGAUGGCAAUUUCUUUUCUCGUCCUAGCUGUGGGUUUCAGUGGCUUUGCUAUUUCAGGAUUCAAUGUCAAUCAUUUAGAUAUUGCCCCUCGAUAUGCCAGUAUCUUGAUGGGCAUUUCCAAUGGUGUGGGGACCCUGUCAGGUAUGGUGUGCCCACUCAUUGUUGGAGCAAUGACUAAACAUAAGACACGAGAAGAAUGGCAGUACGUUUUCCUCAUUGCCUCUCUAGUACAUUAUGGUGGUGUCAUCUUCUAUGGGAUUUUUGCUUCUGGGGAGAAGCAGCCCUGGGCUGAGCCAGAAGAAUUGACUGAAGAGAAAUGUGGCUUCAUCAACGAGGAUGAACUGGCUGACGAUGAAGAUGAAGCUGCCCGUAUGGGAGCAGGGGCAGGUGGUGGUGGCUAUGGGGCCACCAAAAGUACCAGUUUUGCCAAUGGAGGUUGGACGGCUGACUGGGACAAAAAGGAGGAAUAUAUACAGGAUCCUGGGAAAGAUUCCUAUAUGUAUGGUGUGCCAGAACAACGGGACUUGUCACAGAGAACCCCAUCCUCCGCUCUCAUGUGAUGAUGGGGAUUGAGUCAAUCCAAUGGAGUGAGAAGAAUGCUUCUUGUUCAGCCUUCUUCUCUAUCUUCCAUUACUUUACCAUUCUGUCCUAUAACCUCCAUCCCGUUUCUGGUGUGUUGGCAAUCAAUGUCUGGACCCACUGAAAAUUGCCCUUCCUGGCAGUCUGCUACCCCUCAAUGAUCCAUAAGCACUUACUUCAAGUGCUUUACUUUACUGUUCCUUGUUUGCAGGCCACUGUAUCUCCACACUGUCCAUUCCUACUGAAGGCUGAUGCUCCUUGAACCAAGGGGUUGAGCUAAAUUUCACACAUCCAUUGCUCCUGAUUCCACUGCACAGUCCUUGAAAAGCUUUGGGAUCACAGCAAAGACACUGCAACACCCUCUAUUAUGUAUGAAAUGAAAACAUAGCUUAUGAAUAGACCAUGCCCUUCACAUGUAUAUGACCCCAGGUUCAAUCCCUAGGCCAAAUGGACUAUAGGAAAUACAUUGAUAUUUUGGUUUCCCCUCAGGACUUCUCGUAAUUAGGAAGUGGCUUGGCACCAACCCCAGCUUUUUAGUCUCUUACUUGGCUACCCUAGUUGUGCAGCUCAUCUUUUCAGUACUUUAAACUUUGCCUUAGACCCUUCUGAUUUUUAGAAAUAAAUUAGAUCUGACUCCCUCAACAUCCUAUACCUUUAUACCUAUGCACCAACCAUCCUCCUGAACUGAAGAUGGGAGAAUCCGUUCACAGUGGCCCUUAAGAUAACCGCUUGCUCCCAUAUUUUAAAAAAUAGUCCAUUUUUCUGCUGUAAUCUAUAGGCCUUCAAAAUGCACCCAGGCAUUUCCAAAUACUGUAUUAUGCAUUUCAGCAUUUUUUCCUGAGCUGUAAAUGAUUUUUAUGCUUAAUGGGUUGAUAUUUUCCUAAUGUGUACUGUAAAUCACUUUCUGUGUAACAAUAUCAAAUUCUGUCUCUCCCCCCCCCCCCCC